GAAAACCGAGUUUCCGACCCAGAUGCAUGGCGGCGAACUUGUUGGAAAUCGUGUAAAAUCAAUAUUCCUAAUUUCACCAGCUGUUGAUAGAGCAUUGAUGGAAAGGUCGGCACUGCUUCGUUCAGACGCUGUGCACUGCUCAUUGCAGUUGGUUGUGGCGUGAUUUAUGUGGGGAAAAGUCAAAGGUUUCCUCUGGAGCACGCUACCUUGAGUUGGACAGUUUACCGCACAUUGGCCGGAGUGUUUGCCCAGGAGACAGAGUGUGGUGGCAACCGUGGUUCGACACGGGCCGUGUCGUGGUCAUGAUCGUGUGACAGUUCAGACACACUCAUCACAUCAUCUUAUCAUUAAAUGGAUAGCAGUUGAAGAACUUCAAACUGGUUCACGAGCGUGUUUGAAAGUGACUUGAGAUAUCAUCAUGAAUGGCUUAAUCCCUCAGCUAACUACAGAACAACUUCACAAACUCCAUCAGUUUCGUUCAGCUGUGUCUGAUAUCCUGAAGCCUGAACACGAUGACCAUUACUUGUUGCGAUGGCUCAGAGCUCGGAAAUUUGAUCUCAAGAAAUCAGAGAAGAUGCUCCGUGAUCAUUUUGAGUUCCGGAAACGUUGGGAUGUGGAUUAUAUCGCCAAUCAAUGGAAGCCACCUGAGGUCUUAGAUAAGUUCUUUGUCGGUGGACUGUUCGGCGAGGACCGGGAGGGCUCCCCCGUUUGGUUUGACCCUUAUGGCCACAUUGACACCAAGGGCAUCGUCAUGUCGGUGGCCAGGCAAGACUUCUUGAGGUUCAAGAUCUUGGCCUGCGAGAGAAUACAGCAGGCACUGAGAGAACAAUCCAAGAAGCAUGGCCGGCGGAUUGAGAUGUAUACAUUGGUCUUCGAUCUGGACAGAGUCAACUUCUCCCAUCUGUGGCGGCCGUUUGUCAAUCUCUACAACGAGGUGAUCAAAAUCUGGGAAGCGAACUACCCGGAAAGCUUGAAAGUUGUUCUGGUUAUCAACACUCCGAAGAUGUUUUCCGUAGGCUUCAAUUUGAUCAAACCAUUUCUGAGCGAAGAGACAGCUGCCAAGGCUGUCAUUGUCGAUAGCCAUUACCACGAGGCUUUGUUCAACAUGAUUUCAAAGGAGAACGUUCCCAUACAUUACGGAGGGACGGCGGUUGACAGUGACAAUGACCCAAAGUGUCGCUCUAAGAUUUGUUUUGGCGGUAAAGUUCCGAAGUCCUACUAUCUCAACGAUCAGUUCAACUUUGACAACAUGAGCCAGGUGUGGGUUCCAAGUGGGACUGUGUGGGACCUGAAGUACCAAGUCACUGUGCCAGGCUCGGUGUUAAAGUGGGAGUUUAAAACUGAAAAGUGCAAUAUUGGUUACGGAGUGUUCCUGCAAGUCGCUUCCCGUCCAAAGCAAGAUGAUCACAAGAGAGGGCAUGGCAAAGCCAGGAACCAUUCCUCGUCUUCGACAUCGUCUGCCUCGUCGUCAUCGUCGUCGUCGAGUAGGGAUGGUUGCUACGACUUGAUAGAGAUGAGGCCGCUGGAGAAAGUGCAUAGCGAGAUGGUACCUGAGGCUGGGGGACUGAGAUGUGAGGAACCUGGAACCUAUAUUCUGAGGUUUGACAAUACGUACAGCUGGCUGCGAGGCAAGCGGGUCUUCUACUCAGUGGAAGUCAUGCUGCCUGCCGAGGAGUUAACCAUCGACAAGAACCCGCCCUGAUUCAGCCUGGAACCUUUUGGGCUGCAGACAGGCAAACUUGCUCUUCCUUGGAAAUCGAUUCCAGUCGCUGCUACUUUGUAGUUGCGACGAAUGCCAUGCAAUAUCCACGAACACUUCUUGUCGACUGGACUUUUGUACCAAUCUAUUUCUUGGUUUAAGAUACAAUAAUUGUAUACUGCACUAUUUUCUAGAAAUCUAUGAAAAAGAAUUGUCUUUCACUCUUAAAUUACUAUGGAAAACUACAUGUUUAAAUAUACAAAGUAUUUUUCAGACAGCAGGUUAUUUGAAAAGUUAUAGCUCUAUUGUAGAUUUGGUCUAUUGAAACAGGUAUAUAUAUGUAUAUGAACAAUUUUAUAAUAUAUUAUGAUAAGGAAAUGUUCCGAAGUUGAAAUUAUGAAUUGAAACUGUUGCUUGGUUAUAUGAAUCUCGGCUUAGAUUUGGACAAGAUCAUAGUUCAUGCCAGUUUCGGCCAGUCAACAGAGAGCGCAUUCCAACUUAUUAAUAUGCACACUGAACAGAAGUCAACCUAUGUACAUGUACACUAGCGUUGUGGUACCUGAUUGUUUUUUUCGCUCACUGUCAAUAUUGCUUGUUACAUGUACAUUAGUUUAUUAAUUAUAUACAUUUUUUUGCCACAAAAGGUGAUGCUGAUAUGAAAGUUAUAUUAAGGCCAAUGCUGGAAUGAUUCCUACAUAAUUAUGUAGCAAUCAAAAACAUCAUUCUUUGCUUUAGCGUACACGGCAUAAUACAAGUAAUUAUACAUUUAAAAAAGGGUUUUACUCCGACCAGAUACCACAUAAAGCAUAUUACUUCUACAUUUAGAAAUGCCAAUUAUCCUUCGUUUAAUAGACCAAUUGCACCUGCUGAGUCCCGUGACCUAUAGUGGGUACUUGUAUAUAAAAUA